AUGACUCAACACAUUUAUUUUCGUCAACGUAUAUCUCAACAACUUCUUCUUAAAAGAACUAUUAGUUAUACACAUUCAGCAAUCUUUGUUUUUCUUAAUCGUCAACAAUUACAAGAACAAAUCAAUGCUUUUCUUACUGAACAAGCAUCACCAGGCCUUUCAAUCAUAUCACGUCCAACAAAAUCAUUAGCACAGAAAAUAUGUUUUGUUUUUAGUGGACAAAGUCCACAAUGGUGGGCUAUGGGUAGACAAUUAUACGAAAAUGAACCUUUAUUUAAUAAAUGGAUUAAUUUAAUUGAUGGAGAAAUUACAAAAAUUAAUAAUGGUGAAUGGAGAUUA